GGCAGAUCACGUAAACAUAAUAGUCACGUCACACCCUGCUUCUGUGACCGCGGAAGGAGUUAUUCAGAUCACCGACUGAAAGAAAUCUCUGUUGCUGUGAGGAUCGCAAGUGAUGAAAGCCCAAAAUGCUAAAAGCAUGUACAUGAAAUGCAAACUCUGAUUUUGAAUUAGUAGAGAAAAUGGCCCGAAAUGUGUGCUUUGAUACAUAUUCAGACCACCUUGAAACAGAAAUGGAAAGCCCCAUUGAUGAAGCAGCAGUUCAUGACUCCUUCAGUCACUUGAUACAGGAACAGGUUCAGGGCUUUUCCGGUCCUGUUGAUGCCCUAGAGAUGGAUCAGUUGGACCUUGACGAUGAGGCCAGAGAUGAUGUAGGAUACUUGGUAAACCCAGUGUUGCGACCGGAAGAAGGCCACCAACAAGGAGAUCCACGUGACCACUGGUCCUCUGCUACUCUAAGAAUUUUGUCCUCGAUGCCAAGCCGCACGAUUGGCCGCAGUCGUGGUGCAAUCAUCUCUCAGUACUAUAACCGCACUAUGCAGUUGCGCCGCCGCAGGCAAAGUCGGCCAUCUAUACGUGACUUCUCCCAUUCUUCCCGGCCCAGUAUCCGAGGUUAUGGUGGCGUGGAGUCAGACAUGGGGGAUUUACAAGAGGAGGAAGCUAAGAGAGAGCGCCUUGUGAACAACUUGCAAAACCUAAGUGUUAGUGAUCGUGUGCGAAUGCUUAGGGCCAUGCCCCUAAGUGUUUCAGAGAAGACUGAACUCAGGCAUCUGGCACUGCGGCAUAAAGAGCGUUCAUUCUCUAGAAGCACCAUCCCUUGCUGCAGUCAAUUUAAAUAUUAUCUGAUCAUAGCUGCCAGACAAACUUGGUAUAGUUGGCUGUCAAUGCUGUCAUCUUUGCAGCUUUGGCAAACAGCACUGAAGACAGUGAGCGGCCGUUUUGGCACAGGCGUUGUCUCGUAUUUUGCUUUCCUUAGAACUCUUCUUUUCUUCAACAUCUUCCUCUUCUCUAUGACUGGGCUCUUCUUAGUACUCCCACAGGCUGUGUUCCCCCCAGUGCCCUCCAGCACCACAGGACUGUCUGGUCUGGAACUGCUCACUGGAGGGGGUUAUUUCACAGAGUCAGUAAUGUUCUAUGGCUACUACACAAAUGUCACACUGAAGAAAGACUGUGUUCCAAAAGAUUCCGUUUCAUCAACUCCAAAUGAAGUAGAGUGUUCUAGAGGUCUUUCCUAUAACAUACCCCUUGCCUACUUCUUUACCAUUGGAGGUACCUUCUUUGUCACCGGCAUCAUUCUUGUUUACACUAUGUCAAAGUUAUUUGGGCAGAGUUUCAGGAUUGAUAAAUCCCAGAGUAUCUUGGCCAUGAAAGUCUUCUGCUCCUGGGAUUUUAAAGUCAUCAAGAAAACUUCUGUCAAACUGCAAUCGGAAAAUGUCUCCACACAGCUUAAAGAGCUUUUAGCAGAGAUCAGUCAUAAAAAAGGGGAAGCACCCAUCCGUCAAAGGCUAAGUCGAAUCUCAAUGCAUUUGCUAGCCUGGACCUUGUGUGUGGGAAGCAUCUUGGCUAGCGUCUUUGCUGUCUACUACUUCUCUGAGUUCAUGCAUAAGGACCUCCAGGUCCGAGCAAGAAACAGAAGAUCAUCUGACAGCGCUAGCCUGCUUGCUCUGCCUGUGGUAGUGUCCAGCAUUAAUCUUCUGUUGCCAGGGUUCUUUAAUAUAGUGGCCUCAUUGGAGAAGUAUGACUCCCCCAGUGUGCGCAACUAUGUUUCUAUCAGCAGGAACCUUAUGUUGAAAGUGAGUGUCCUUGGCAUCUUAUGCUACCAUUGGUUGGGUCGCAUUGCACCUGACCGGGACAACAUUGUGUGUUGGGAGACAUUUGUUGGCCAGGAGCUAUACAGAUUCCUUGUGAUGGAUUUCAUCUUCACUGUACUGGAUACAUUCUUUGGGGAAUUGUUGUGGAGGUUGUUUUCCCAGAAAGUGCUGAAGAGGAGGAGGAAACCUGUGUUUGACAUUGCACGGAAUGUUCUGGAGCUGAUCUAUGGGCAAACACUUGCUUGGAUUGGUUUGCUGUUUACGCCAUUGUUGCCGGCAGUACAAAUUCUAAAACUCAUCUGCCUGUUUUACAUGAAGAAGACCAGUUUGAUGAUGAACUGUCAGGUUCCAAGAAAACCAUGGCGUGCAAGUCAGAUGACCACCAUCUUCAUUACCCUGCUAUGUUUUCCGUCAUUUCUUGGCGCAGCUGUGUGUGUCACAUGUACAAUGUGGUCAAUCCCACCAUCCCCAAGCUGUGGACCAUUCCGUGGCCUGAAGACCAUGAUUCAGUCGGGAAAACUCUGGGUUAAACAGUUAGAGAGUGCCAACUCUAACUUGGCCUGGCUCACUUGGGUGCACACUUACUUAGUGGAGAACCCUGUGAUCUUCCUUUUUCUUACUGCCAUGAUCUUCUGCAUUGUCAUCUACUUCCACACGCAGGUGGUAGAUGGACAGAGGAAGAUAAUUACUCUCCUUCAAGACCAAAUUGAAAAUGAAGGGGAGGAUAAAAAGUUUCUGAUCACCAAACUGCAGGCAAUCCAUGAACAGAGUCGACCUUUGUCUUCCCAACGAAUCAGAGGAGCUAGUGAGGACUCUAGUUAUUAUUGAGCUUUAAUAAUAAUACAUGCAAGUUGCAUCUUACAUCCAGAGAUCCAUAUCGGGGUCAAACGGCACAUCGCUCAGACAAAUACACCCAACUGGACAGCAACGGUGGUAAACAGUAAACAUUUAUUGUUACACCUCAGGAGAAUCUUGCUACAUCAACUAAAUAAGAGUUUUGUAUCAAAGUGCUAAUGUUAGGAGUGUUAGGUUGAUGUUAUAGCACCUUUUUGUGUGUUUGUGUGUGUGUGUGUGUGUGUGUGUGGGCGCGUGUGCGUGUGCGUGUGUGUGUAUACUGUUGAAACACUGUAAUUUGUGUAGUUUACAGUAUAUAGUCUGAAAUUGACUCCUGUCAGAAACAUCAAUUUCCCUCUCUCUUAUUGUUUCUCAAUUUCAGGUAAACAAAUAUAUACUAAUAACGAGCACUGCAGUUUGAGAAUUAAUGGAAAAUGUUUGAGUUCAUGUCUUUCAUAAGUCUUUUAAUUUACUCGCCUUUUAAAUAGUAUUGAAAUUAGAUCAGUUUAUGUUAGCAGACCAAUUAGUGCCAUCUAGAAUCAUUGACACCCCAGAUAAAGCUGACGUCAUCAUCUUUUAGUGAUUUAUUGUAAUAUCACAAAGAAAAUAAUGAGGACAGACAAGUUUUUUUCUGAGAAACAGAAAUAUCUCAUUACAGGGAGGCUACACCAGACACGUAACUGAAAUGUACGCAUUGUGUCUGCUGCAACAAUUAGCAUCCAUUAUGAUCAAUGGAACUGGCUACACCAGAUGUGUUUAUCUGAUCAAAUCAGAAAAGGUUGUUGCUGCACCGUCUCUGAUUUUUUUUCAAACCUGGUCUAUAUCAUCAAUGGGUCCUAAAACCGAGAUCUGUGAAAUAUUUCUGUGCAAAUAUUCUGUCUUUAUCUUUUUCAGACCUUGAAAUUCUUUCAUUUUUACAGCUUGAAAUACACAUGCCAUGUUUAGGCAUUAAUAUCUUGACAAAUCUUUUCCCUAGCUUCCACACAUUUUCUAGAAGACCAACUCAUAUAAGCAUGCGUAAACAAUUUAAAGUCUGUACUAAAUGUUUCUUGACUUCUGAAAAGGGCCCUAGAUAUUGGGAAAAUGUGCAUUAAGUGUGAUAUUUGGUAUUUAAAAAACGGUUUAUUUGGUUCAUUUGGUGUCAGUCACUAUUUUCUCUUCAAAUACAUACAUCAGUUUAGUAAUGUUUCCCCACAAUUUGAAGUCUCCGCAACAAAUGACAAUAAUAAGGAUAAAACAAGUAUUUGUAUUUUUGUGUCAUUUUCAUGCAACUGAUCAGUGGUAUGUGGGGUAGCUCCAUAAACAUCUAUGUGGAAAUAGGCAAGUAUAUGGAUAUGAAGUAUGUCAAGUACCAACGUUGAAGUCCCAAUUACAGAAUGAAUGCAUUUAGUUACAGGCGUGUUGGGAACACCAAAAUAAACAAUGGCUUUUAGUGCUCCUUUUACAAGGCAUUGACUGGGAAGUGGUGGUAUGGGUACACCUUGGAGAAGUCAGAGGUGCUGACUUCCCUUCAAGGUUUCCUCUUUAUUUUCAUUGUGUGGUUACAAUAAAUCACUAAAAGAUUAUUUUUAAAAUAGCCUACCUGUUUUUAAGUCAACUUUACCAGAGGUGCCAAUUAUGAUAUGACUGUAUACUGUGUUCUUGUGUUGACUGAUAUUUAGUGAUUUUGAUAUUAUUGUUUUUAUACAUACUGUAUAUUUCCCCUUUUAUUUUAAAAUGUUUUACUUUUUAUUUGGCUUUUGUUGUAUGUUUGUUCACUCAGGACAUUGCUGAAUAAACAAUGGUUGAUUCUUUU